AUGACAACUUCACGUCAAAUCAAGAAACUCGACGAAGCGGUUAUCAACAGAAUAGCAGCUGGCGAGAUAAUACGCCGUCCUUCAAAUGCUCUCAAAGAACUCUUGGAGAAUUCGCUAGACGCAGGAGCCACAAACAUACAAAUUCUCAUUAAAGAUGGCGGCUUAAAACUGUUACAAAUACAAGAUAACGGACAUGGCAUAAGGAAAGAGGACAUGGCUAUUGUCUGUGAACGAUUUACUACGAGUAAAAUUGAAACCUUUGAAGACUUGUCCUGUAUUAGUACGUAUGGAUUUAGAGGCGAAGCAUUGGCUAGUAUCACACACGUAGCGCAUGUUACUAUCACAACUAAGACAGCAGAUUCCAAUUGUGCAUACAGAGCGCAUUAUGCAGAUAGCAAACUGGUUCCACCGAAACCGGGUGUCAGCGCUGAACCCAAGCCAUGCGCUGGCAAUACUGGCACUCUAAUUACGGCAGAAGACCUAUUCUACAAUGCUCCUACGCGUCGAGAGGCAUUGAAGAAUACAAGCGAAGAGUAUAAAAGAAUACUUGAUGUAGUAAAUAGAUAUGCUAUCUACAACGCUGGACAAGGUUCUAAUAUAGCUGAUGUCAGUACGUUAGCUAACGCGUCGACUUUAGAUAACAUACGUCAAAUAUAUGGUAGCAGCACUGCCUCUGAGUUGUUAGAGUUGAAAAAAGAUGUGGAGGGUUUAGAUCUAAAGGUCAAGGGUUACGUCUCUAAUGCAAACUAUAAUGUAAAAAAAAUAGUAUUUCUCCUGUUUAUCAAUCACAGAGCCGUUGAAAGUCUAGCGUUGAAAAAAACCAUUGAGAGCGUUUAUGCAACAUUUCUUCCUAAGGGCACACAUCCGUUUAUCUAUAUAGGCUUAGAGAUGAAACCGCAAAAUAUAGAUGUUAAUGUGCAUACGACAAAGCGAGAGGUGCGUUUUCUGUAUGAAGAUGAAAUUAUAGCCGCCAUCGGAGAUGUGAUCCACGAGCGCCUUGCUGGAGCUGAUACAUCUAGGUCUUUCUUGACACAGACGCUUCUACCAGGAGCAUCUACGUUUAAUGACGAUGUAUCUGAAAAAGAGAACACAAAGUCUCAUGGGAAAGUUUUGGAAUAUAACCUAGUGAGAACAGACAGUCGAGCACGUACGCUUGACAAUUUUUACACACCUCAAGAUACGUCGAGAACAUCCGGCAAAACUCAACAGAAUAUCAACUCGGACAGCUUGGUAUCACAACAGUCAACAAAUGUUAUAAUUGAUAAGAAACCAUCUUUAGGUUUGAAGCGAAAACGGGAUAGAAUUGAGGUCAAAUUGACAAGUGUGUUAACUCUUCGGGAAAAGCUGAUAGACAAAGAACAUAAAGGUCUCACGGAAUUAUUCUCGGAUCAUACAAUGGUAGGAUGCGUUGAUGAUUCUCUCACCUUAGCCUUGAUUCAACAUCAAACUAAGUUGUAUCUUGUAAAUUAUAAUGCCUUAAGCGAAGAGUUGUUUUAUCAGUUAAUACUGCAAGAAUUCGCCAAUUUUGGUUUUAUUCGGUUGUCCAAUCCUGCAUCCAUCUCUGAAUUGGUUCUCAUUGCUCUUGAAGAGCAUGAAUCUGAACUGGAAGGGCUAAAGUCCAAGGAUAAGAUCAGAAAGAUUAUCACCGAACAAUUGGUGUCCAUGAGAGAAAUGCUUUUGGAAUACUUCAGUAUAACAAUCACUGAAGAUGGUCAGCUGGUGACACUUCCUCUACUGUUAAAGAAUUACGUCCCAAAAAUGGACAAAUUGCCUAGCUUUUUAUUACGACUAGGCACAGAGGUUAAUUGGGAGGUAGAAAUAGAAUGUUUAGAAACUAUAUCGCGUGAACUUGGUUUAUUUUAUGCUCCCGAACCACCAGAUAGUGACGAAGAGGAAGAUCACACAGAUGGUAACGAUUCUGAACCCAUGGAUAUAAUGGAUGAAUCCGAAGAUUUCGUUGCAACUUCAGAGCAAGGAAAGGCGAAUAACAAUACCGCUGAACCAAUAAUCGCUAUUAAAGAGAAAUAUCAAUGGCAAAUAGAACAUUUGAUCUUCCCGGCCUUAAAAUUUCAUUUUCGGGCACCACGGAAACUUGUUGACAGUGGACACGUGAUACAUAUUGCUAGCCUUCCUGAUUUAUAUAAAAUCUUUGAGAGGUCGUAA